CCACUCCAGCAAUACAUUUCACUUAUCACCACCGAAGGAGAGUCCAAGGACAAAAGAUGAAGACCUUCUUCAUUAUUCUAGUGAGUGUCGCGGUGGUGUGGAGCAAGCCAACAAGAGAAGAUGAUGUAGUCGGUUCAGUCAUUGGAGUAGUUCGAAGCUGUGGUGAAGAAGAUGUCUCGUUGUGCCUGAAGGAAAGAGCCUUGAAAUACGUCGACAAUAUCAACACAGCCAGGGAGCUCAGCAUUGCUGAUGGAAUCAGCUUAAUUGGCACAGGAUCUCCAAGGUCAGCCAGGUCUUUCGAGCCACUGUCCGAUGAACCCAAAGCUAGAGAAAACCAAGUGGAAUCCAGACUGGUGGACGGUGUUGCUGACUUUUUGGAGAAUCAUGUCAUCCAACUUCGUAUGCCAAGGAGCACUGUUGAUGACGUCAAGCGGUCUCUUGAGGAAGGCCGUGGCAAGAAGAAGAAGUUGAAGCAGCUUCUCCCAAUUCUCGCUCUUCUCCAACUGAAGAUCCAGUCCCUCAUUCCCUUAUUCUUGGGUAUCAUCGCCUUCGCCGCAGUUAAGGGUCUCUUCCUUGCAAAGGCUGCGUUGUUGGCUUCUGCCCUUGUUCUGUUGAAGAAGCUAUUAUCCAAACACGAGAGCCAUGAGAGCUAUGAGGUUGUAGCUCACCCUCACCAUGAGGAGCACUACAGCCAUGGAGGUCACGGAGGAGGCUGGGGAAGGUCAUCCCAAGACGCCCAGAACUUAGCAUACAAUGCUUACUCUAAUUGAAGACAUAAUUAAGAAGACUGUUGUCAUCCUUACGCAGGAUUAUAAUAAUCUUUGGUUAGUCUAGUACGGACCUCAGAAUGUUCAGAUAUUAAUUUAUUAUUUAAUAAUUUAUUUAAAUUAUUUAUACGUUGUUAAAUAUUUAAUAUGAAAAACGUAUGAGUGAAUCUUGUCCCAUCUAUUGUCUUCGAUUGCAUCGCCAUUUCUAUUUUAUAUAUUCUCUAUUUUUUUAUGAUUUAUCACUGAAAUGUACCUGUUUAUUAUAAGUAUAUUUGUUUCAUAUUAUAGUACAAACUGUAAGUUUUUUAAGUUUUUAAUGGCUUUAAUAUUGUUCAUAUAACUCUUUAAUUACUUUAUGUGUUCAUUUUA